CAAAGAGGCGGGGCCUGCUUCUUCCCACAUUGCACCGCGUCAGCAGCGCGCGCGGCUCUGAGGGGAGCCGCGUCCUGUUUUUGUCUGCCUGUGCUAUGGCGGUCGCGCUGCUGGGCCGGGCCCUGGCCGCUUUUCCCAGCCCCCGGCACAUUCUCAGAUGCAGCACUACAUACUCAGUGGAGAAGUGGUUUUCAAAACAGAUCAGUUCCGAUAAUCCUCCAAAGCGACCCUUAACAGCCUACUUUCGUUUUGUAAAAGAUCAGCAGCCCAUUUUUAGGGAACAAAAUCCAGAUGUGAGCAUUUUGGAGAUAGCAAAAAAAAUUGCAUAUGCUUGGAAAGAGUUACCAGUGUCAGAGAAACAAACAUAUGAAGCAGCUGCAAAGGUAGAGAGGCAAGCAUACAAAGAAGAGCUGGCCAUAUACAAAGCACAGUUAAGUCCAGCCCAGAUAGUAGCUUUGAAAGAAGAAAGGAGACAAAAACGGGCAAAAAGAAAAGCAAUGAGGAAAAAGAGGGAAUUAACAGUGCUUGGAAAGCCUAAAAGACCUCGUACUGGCUUUAACAUUUUUAUGUCUGAACACUUCCAAGAAGCUAAGGGAGUUUCAGUUCAGGCAAAGAUGAAGAAUUUAUUUGAAGAAUGGCAAGAUCUAUCCAGUUCUCAAAAGCAGACAUAUCUACAGCUUGCUGAAGAUGACAAGGUUCGGUAUGAAAAUGAAAUGAAGUCAUGGGAGGAGCAAAUGGUUGAUGUUGGACGUGAAGAUCUGAUACGUUACAAAAACAGAAGACUCAAAAAGUCAAGAGUUACAACAGAGAAGAAAACCGUAAAAAAGGUUAUUUCAAAAAAGAGAGUUAAAACUAUAAAGAUUCAAAGAACUAAAGAGUCAUCGCCCGAAGUUAAGGCAAAAUUAAAAACAACAAGUUCUGAAGAAUAAAGCUGGUAAAUGUUUUAUAUUUAAUUCCUUGAUUGCCAUGACUUUAUUCUGCUUGUAAGUGUUAGUGCUAGUGCUAAGUGCAUUGAAUUUUUGGGGAAAAAAUGAUUGUUUAUAUAAGAUAUAUUUAAGAAAAAAUUGGGUAAGAGGGAUUUGAAUCUCUCUCAGAAUUAUCCAGAGAAAUUAUUUCUGCAGGUGUAACAUAGUCUGUAUAAACACAAUCAACAUUAAUCAAGCUGUGAAUACUUUUCAUACUGACUGAUCGUGAUGGGGAAGAGCAUUCUUGAGCCCACAAUAAUGCAGACAAGUGUUAGUUUUUGUAACUUAUACAAUAUUUUAAUGAAAGCAACCAUAAUCUACAAUAUUACCUUCUAGAUGUUGUAACUAAUUAGAAGGUGAAGCUUGAAUUUACAACAGAGGUAUGUUCUGUUCCCUCCCUAAUGUUAACAGCGCAUGCAUUAGCUGGAAAUAAAUGUCUAGGUGUGUAUUUUUGGUAAUUUCAGUUCUUCUCUCAAAAAUGUAAACUUCAGAAUUAUGUACACAUUUAGUUUUAUUACUUCCAUAUUCAUCUGUGUACCACUUCCUAUGUAUCACACAUCUAUGCAUACAUUUAAGUUGCAUAGAAUAAAAAAUCAGUGAGUUUUGUACAAAGUA